UGUGUCCGAAUCACCCAGUGAAAUCAUCGACAAGUGUUUCUCUUAUCCAAAGCAAAUAUCUAAAAGAACUUUCUCUUUUAUCCAUUGUGGCAUUAAAAAUUCAACCCCCAACUCGCCAGUCCUUAUAAAUAUGGAGCGAUGAAGCCACCAAGUCCACCAAGGCAAGGCCUACACACACAUUCAACACUCUUCUGAAGUUUCUUCAUCUUCCUUAGAGAGUUCUUCAGCAUUCUCUAGGUUUUCCUUGGCAGUCUACCAAGUGGUCAUCUCUUAGCAUUCGCUAUAAUGGACCGGGUAAAGGAUUUGGCAUCGAAGAAGGCGGCGGUGAUCUUCACUAAGAGCUCGUGCUGCAUGUGCCACAGCAUCAAGAGCCUCUUCUACGAGCUCGGCGCGAGCCCCGCGAUCCACGAGCUUGAUCGCGAAGCGAGUGGGAGGGAAAUGGAGUGGGCGCUACGAGGUCUCGGGUGUAACCCAUCCGUCCCUGCCGUGUUCAUAGGCGGCCGAUUCAUCGGCUCGGCUAAGGACGUCAUAUCUUACCAUGUUGACGGGUCUUUGAAGCAAAUGCUGAUAGAUGCAAAGGCCAUAUGGUUCUAGCGAAACAGACAGUGUAAAUUAAAAUAAGCUCCAUAUAUGGAAUCCAUUUGUCAUGUACCAUAUAUGAGAAGCUUCAUCCCAAACAGAAAUGAAAUGUUGUAUCAAGAGCUAGCUCUUUCUCCCUUGA